AACACUUUGUUGAACUAUACAUGCAUAUAUCCAUAAAUUAGCACUUGUCAAAAUCCUGAGGAAAGUUGUUGGCAAAUGGAAUUUUUCUCCCUAAUCCCUAAUCAGCUCCCUGCCAAAUAAACAACCUCGCCGCCAACUUUUGGUAUUUUUGGAGUGCAAGGAAAGUAAGAAAACUGGUGAUAAUAAACGACACCGUUUGGUUCACUCCCACCAACUCCCUUGAACUGCUUGUGCCCAUAUUCAAUAUUAUAUGUAAUUAUAUUCAACUUUUCCCUACAUAUACCUAUCAAAGUUUCAGAUUCUUUUGCCCCUCAGGAACAGAAGAGUGUUCUCCUCUGCUAAAAAAGGAACAAUAUUUUUCUGUGUUUCUCUUCUUCAGUCUCAGCCACCAUGGCAACAAAACUCACCUCAUCACCAAACUCUCUCCUCCUCCAAAAUCCUUAUCGCCACAACCUCCUUAAACCCAAUUCCUCCGCCACCUCCUUCUCUAAUUUCGCCACCCAAAAUAAGCCCAUUUCAAUCAGAUGUGCAGCCACAUCAACAGCUGCAGUCUCGCCAAUCCCCGCAAAUCAAGAUCCAGAAGACCGUGUCUUCAAUUUCGCCGCCGGGCCAGCCACCUUACCUGCUAACGUCCUCCAGAAGGCCCAGGCGGAGCUCUACAACUGGCGUGGAUCUGGAAUGAGCGUAAUGGAGAUGAGCCAUAGAGGAAAAGAAUUUCUCUCUAUUAUUCAAAAGGCUGAGGCUGAUCUCCGUUCUCUUUUGAAUAUCCCCGAAGAUUACGCCGUUCUGUUUCUUCAGGGCGGCGGAACCACCCAGUUCGCCAUGAUCCCGUUGAACCUGUGCAAGCCCGAUGACCCGGUUGAUUAUGUGGUUACUGGAUCUUGGGGCGAUAAGGCUUUCAAGGAGGCACAGAAGUUUUGCAAGCCCAAGGUGAUUUGGUCUGGGAAAUCUGAGAAGUAUACAAAAAUCUCACCUUAUGAAAGUUUAGAGCAAAGCCCAGAUGCCAAAUAUUUGCAUAUUUGCGCUAACGAGACCAUUCAUGGAGUGGAGUUCAAGGAUUACCCAACUCCCAAAAAUGGGAUUUUGGUGGCUGACAUGUCUUCAAAUUUCUGUUCAAAGCCUGUAGAUGUUUCCAAGUUUGGUUUGAUCUAUGCUGGAGCUCAGAAGAAUGUAGGGCCCUCUGGGGUUACAAUUGUGAUAAUCAAGAAAGACCUGAUUGGAAAUGCUCAGGAGAUCACUCCUGUGAUGCUGGACUACAAGAUCCAGGCAGAGAACAAUUCACUCUACAACACCCCUCCAUGUUUUGGCAUAUACAUGUGUGGUUUGGUCUUUGAGGAUCUUUUGGCACAGGGUGGAUUAACGGAGGUCGAAAAGAAGAACAAGAAGAAAGCAGAAUUGAUAUACAAAGCUAUUGAUGAGAGUAAUGGGUUCUACAGGUGCCCAGUUGAAAAAUCUGUAAGGUCAUUGAUGAAUGUGCCUUUUACACUUGAGAAGUCUGAUUUGGAAGCUGAGUUUAUCAAAGAAGCUGCUAAGGAGAAGAUGGUUCAGCUUAAAGGGCAUAGGUCAGUGGGAGGAAUGCGAGCUAGCAUUUACAAUGCAAUGCCACUGGCUGGAGUGGAAAAGUUGGUAGCUUUCAUGAAAGAUUUCCAGGCAAGGCAUGCUUGAAUCAGUGAUUGAUGUGAGUGUGCAAUUCCCCUUUUUAAUGGGGCUAUAAACGCCUCUUAUGAAUUAGAGAUAUGUAACGUUUUUGGAUUUUCUGUUGCUUCUGUUCAGUUUCAUCUCAAUGGAUUGUUAAAAUUGGUAUCUUUA